AUGGAGUUCGAAAACGAAAACCUCUGGAUUCAGAUUCACCCGUCUGCAGCCACGCGAUCUCUACCCAGAGAAAUCGUUCUGCUCAUCCUUGACUCCGUCGUCGCCCAGGCCGUUGAAGAUGCCUGGCCAGUAGCACUGACGGUCAGCGAGGGCCAUAUCGAGCAUACCGACUGCAGGUUCCUUGUCGCAGUCGACUACCAUGUAGCGCAAAGGAUCGACAGCAUAGAGGAGCGAUUCAGAGAAUGCCUCCGGACGCCUCUGGAGAUCAACAAACACUCGCGCGCUCUCACGCGGACGCACUUUCUCCCUUACCCCAUGAAAGGAUAUCGUGGAGACCCGAUCCUGGGCUGGAUCUGCCCCAGCAUCGACCGCUUCUACCUCCAGAUCGAAAACAUGGACCGGGUGAUGAUGAGCAUGGUGCGCCACCACAACUUCACCGACCUCCCCUCGACCAGCAAGAUCCAGCGGGCCAUCGAGAACCCGUCGCCCGUCGACGUCGAGCUGGUGCAGGGCAUGCGAAUCGUGCACGGCUACCGCAAAACCCUGUUCUCGCAGUCUACUGACUGGGCGCAGGCGGAUCUCGAGGUGAUAUUCUCGCUGCCCAACCUGCGGGAGCUCCAUAUCGACGCCGGCGAUAAGAGCCACUCCCUGAGUGACUUUCGCCAAGAGCCGUCUUCCUACGAAGGGCUGCGGCCGAUCGACUCAUUUACUUUUCCGGAUUUGGCGGAGCACAUUUUGGUUGAAGGCAAUUCAUUCGAGAGAUGGGCGCUCAAGGCCGAGGAGAAGGGCGCCAGGAUCCUGGGCAUCGAGAAGGGCAGCGUGUUCUUCCCUCGGAAGUUCAUCGAGCUGCUUUGGACCCCCGAAGGCACGAGGAUAAAGUUCAUUCCUCCCGAAAAGUUACAUGAAAAACAUGUUCCCAUGUACGAUUCAGAUGGGUAUGAUUACGAAGCGUCCGACUGA